CCUCUCUGUCCUCUUGGUGUCUGUGAGUUUCGAACAGACAGUGACAUUUUAAACAUGAUUCAGUCCUCCCUAGCAUGUCUAUAUUCUCUGUGGAGGGCAGAACUGAACACAAUAUUCUUUUACACAUAUUUUUAUUGACAUUUUAUUGACAAGUAUGAUCACUAACAAUAAGGAUUCUAAACCGGGUAGUACACUCUAAUCCAAUACAUCCACAUAAUCCUUUUCUUUUUCUUUUCUUCAGAAGAAUUGAAGAGAUUCAGAGCGUGGAAGUGGUUUGUGUUCCGGUCUUGUUUGCGCAGAGGCAGUCUGAGCUCAAACAAACCCCGCUGUCUAAACAAACACGCUCCUCUUCCCAGCAUGCCGUGAACGCUGGCGCUGGCAGUGAGAGCCGUGUUGACUCAGUUCUCAUCUCCUCUUUCUUGUGUGCUGCUCAGUGAAACCCUACUGCGCAGAUUUUCUUAUUUUUUCCAAAUGCACUUCAUUAAAUCUCGUGAUUUAUUUUGAUUUUUAUUCAAACCUUGCAAAGGUCUGUAAACUUCCAUUUAAGUCAUUUUGUAAAACUUCUCAAAGGCUGGUUCUAAUGAUGCAGCAAGCUGAGUGGCUAUCCCAGAACUAGAGAGAGUUUCUCCUGUGAAAAGCGUAGAACCUGGCACUUUGAACAUCAGAAUCGUUUGGAUCGCGCUGCAGUCUUGCAGGAUCUUGUAGGAGACUCCACUGCGUUACUCUACAAUGAAACAGUCCAGAGCCUGGGGUGUGCCCGUGGACAUCCAUAAUCUGACUCUCAGGAGAUCCCAGCAGCGCCUCACAAACCAGAGCUACAUGUGGGGCGAGCUGGGAGACUCCACGCUGAAUCACAAGGUCUUCAUAGCCGUCAUCUUCCCUGCCUGCCUGGUGCUGAUCCUGUUCAUAGCCACCGGGAACGUGUCCAUUCUGAAGGUGCUGCUGUCUCGGCGCUGCUCCUCUCGUGAUGUCACCACGCUGGCUGUGAUCUCGCUGGCGUUCUCUGACCUGGGUGUGGGGCUGUUCUCUCUGCCCCUGCUGUUCCUGCUCGCCCUGGAGCUGCCCCUGCCCUUCCGCUCCUGCCUGUGGCUGGCCUGCCUCACCUUCUCCUGGGCCGUGGUCUCCACCCUGCACCACCUGCUCAUCGCUGUGGACCGCUGGCACAUCGUGGCCUACCCUACCCGGUACAAAUCCCUCAUGACUCGUGGGAGGGUGGCGGCUCACUUCACUUCCUGUUGGCUAGCUGGCAUCGUCGUCUCUUUCCUGCCCGUUAUGGGGUUCAACAACUAUUCCAAACAGAGGCACCCCCACGAGCCGGGCUGCCAUGCGGGGGACCCCCGAAACGACACGAGCAGCAGCCCCGUCCCGGGCUGCAGGUACCGGGAGGUGAUGGACUUGCGCUACCUGGUCUACGUGCUGUUCGUGGGCUGCAUGCUGCUGCCCCUGCUGGCCAUGUCUGGCCUCUACACCAGCGUGUUCCUGAAGGUCCGGGCGCACAGUCAGCAGGCGCGGGGCCGGCUGGGGAAGCUAGGACAGUUCUACUGGCGUCAGCGGCGCAUGGCCUUCGCCAUGGUGAAGGUGGUGAGCUGCUUCUCUCUCACCAAGCUGCCCUUCCACCUGCUCAACCUGGCCCUGCUGCUCUGCCCAGCCUGCACCCUGCCCUUCUGGGCUCUGCCAUCCGCCACCCUGCUGGCGCUCUGCAGCGCCGCCGCCAACCCCUUCCUGUACUUCUACGAGAAUCAGGACAUGAUGCUGGCCCUGCAGAGCACGCUGAGGCAGCCUGAGGGCCGGGGAAGCCAGGGCAGGGGGCACGAGGAGUACUGAUGCCUUCUUUACAUCAUAGCAUGUAUAUUAUAUAGCACAUCGUUAAAUUAUCAUUUCAUCUUAUUAUGCUUCAUAUAAGUAGCCCUCAGAACCAUCAUAAUUGAAUUAAUGUUGAAAUAAUUGAAAAGUGUAUUUCAUAGUUGUUACCCCUUGUGGCGGAGUGUCCCGCCUCUAUGUAUUAUUAUUUGUAUUUUUGUUUGCGGCGCGGGUAAAAGCGCAGCGUCUUUUAUUAUAUAUUUAAAAACCCCGUGAGGAUGCAUGGCUGAUCAACUACUGAUUAUUUAACUAGCUGACAGUCAUGCAUCCUUACCAAACGCGUGCAGACUCUGGCCGAGGGAUAAUAAGAUAAUUAACAACUAGUUAAUCCCUCGGCCAGAGUAUAUAAACCUGCAGCUCUCUGCACUUGAUGUUGGGUGUAGAGAGGAGAGUACGGGGAGUGGAGUGGAGAGU